AUGAGCGGUGCCCAGCAGUGCCACCCACCAGUUCCGCCCACCUGUGCCCAGCAGUGCCACCCACCUGUGCCCAGCAGUGCCACCCACCAGUGCCCAGCAGUGCCACCCACCUGUGUCACCCACCUGUGCCCAUCAGUGACACCCACCUGUAAGUGCAGCCAGUCAGUGCCCAACAGUGCCGCCAGUCAGUGCCGCCUAUCAGUGCUGACUAUCAGUACCCAUCAUCAGUGCCGUCUAUCAGUUCCACCUAUCAGUGCCGCCUAUCAGUGCCACCUCAUUAGUGCUGCCUAUCAGUGCCGCCUAUCAGUGCCCUUCAGUGCUGCCUAUCAGUGCCCUUCA